AAAAGUUACUCGUAAUGGACCGUGGUGUCAUAUUGCAUCUGAAUGGGGUUACGUUUUGCCGUCAACCUUCCAACUGGAUUUCUCGCCAAAACUUCCCGACGACUUUCCGUAUGUUGCGACAAGUGGUGUAAUUGUUUGCUCAAAUUGGCGACGUUGAGACCUAGAAUCUUCUCGCGCUCUUCUCAAUUCUACCAACUCGCUGAAAGUCGUUCGCGCAAGUAUUGAGGACUUCUCUCCAGUUCCAGUCUGUUGCCGUGGGCACGCGUUGCCUAACUCAAUCUCUUUCCACACAUUCGUCGCGUGGCAGCCGUACCCUGAGCAGGCCAUCACUUUCUUUCCACUCAUGGUCGCCAGCAGCGGGGCUGACCACUAUCCACCUCUUCAGCUCUCUACUACCAUGGCGGAAGGCAGGCCCCAAUCUAAUGGAAACGAUUCAACAAUACAUUCUCCAGUCUAUGACACGGAUUCCUUUCAACGGCCUGACCAAUUCCGGUAUUCUGAUCAAUUUGACAUCCGACCUCAAACGGGCGGAGACCUCGCCACGCAAUUCUCGGUUUCGGAUUACUCGUCGAGUCUAAUACCGCCACCGCAACAUCCGUUGACUCAUCCGACCCUACAAGUUCCGCGUCCUAACGCUUUUAAUCCUCCCGAAUAUAAUCUUUUGCCCCGUAACCAGUCAGAUUUUUUUCCCAAUGCAACGGCUACGACAACGCCUCAACAUCUUCCACCUUCCCCCACCUUCUAUUUCAGUCGGGAAGUCGAACACCCGUUGCCUGGUAGACCACUUCCUCAUGACCCGACGUAUUACCGACUUCGAAACGCCCCCAUGGUUGCCUCGAUUCCAAGCGAGAACGCACCAUCAGUUCCACCCUCAGCACCUUCUCUCGAGUCUUCCACUCUACACCCAAAUCGCCGGGAUCGCAAGGAGAUAUCUAGCGUUGUCAUAGCUUGUCGCCAGUGCCGUAGCCGUAAAAUCCGAUGCGACUCAACGCGACCAAUGUGUAGCAAUUGUGUCCGACGCUCUAAUGCGUGCGAGUACGACGCCGUACCUAAAAGGAGAGGACCGGAUAAACGUCCUGGCACUCGCCAGAGGUCAUGUAAAAAGAGACCGGCAACCGAUUCGACUGUCUCGAACGCUACUCAACCUCCAGCUAAACGAAAGAAGAUUGAUUCUUUAUCGGUUACGCUUCCUUCUCAGACUCCCUCAAAGGAGAAUAUGGCAGAGAAUGAGCCCACAAGGCGACGAUCUCAAGAAUUCUCUCAAGCUUCCUGUUUGCACGCUUUGGCUCAAGUAGGAUCAUUCCCGAUCAAGGAAGAGUCUCAGUCACCGGUAACACAACGCUAUCCGAAUACUUAUACUUACGAUAAUCUGAAGACUGCCUUUCCUCGACCUAUCGACACCAACGUGAUGCAGUUGGACAAAGCCCACAACAAGUUCCCGCCCCCUACCUCUCCUGUGGUUGAAUCGAUCCACAGGGAAUGGUGGGAUCUAUUUCUAGAUAACUCCGGGUACUCAUUACCAGAUAUCGAGAAUCAUAUUCGUUAUCUAUUCUCGGACACCGCGCACACUAUCGAGUUUCUGAACGUCGACUACUUCGUGCGGACACUACUAUAUCGCCCCGAUCGACGAUAUACAAUCCAACCUGCUUUUAUUUUGGCGGCAUUAGCGAUGUCAACGUUGAUGAAGAGCAGUAGUAUCGAGAAUGGAGAUAGUGGACGAAGAAGUGCUCUCGGCCUCCGUAAUGCUGCACAUCAAGCUAUACAAACAGCGAUACGCUACCAUUCUGUUGAUGCCGCAGUGGCAGAAGCUGCAUUGAUUCUUUGCCUUUUUGAAUCUUCUGCCCAUCCCGAUUAUGAUCCUGGACGCCACGCCAGUACCCUCGUCCUUCUCUCCGAUAUCAUUCAAAGCCUUUCCCUCACCACCAUCGACCGGUCAGACCCCGAGGCUUGCCAAUUCCCCGAACACGCCGUUCCAACGGUUCAACUGUCCACCACUCAAGCGCUCUCUCGGCGAUGUGGUUGUAUUCCAAGUGAUGCCCAAGAGCCUCCUGAUGACCGCACCUCUUGGUCAUACCCUUUACCUUGGGAUCCUUCGUGGUCUGAAAUACAAAUAAGAGACGAAGAAUGUCGAAGGGUUUGUUGGUGUGCGCUCAGCCUAACAGCCAGCUAUACCGUCCAGGCUGCAGUUUUGGAUGACGAUUACGACGGAGAAGGGGUGAAAGAAGCCGAACUCUGGAUAUGUGAUCCUGCGAAUUGGGCUCUUCUAUUCCCUGGCGAAGUUCUGGACCGCGAUUCUCCAUCUUACCGUAAUGCCAAUUCGCCUUCACCCAAAGAGUCGGUUUUCGCGCUAUAUUGUCGAAGCAUGCUGCUCUGGGUCUUUUGUCACUAUCGCUUGGCCCGCUGCACUGAUCAAGAACUCCAAGCCGAAUAUGCGCAAGAGGCAUUGGGAGAAUCAAAGUUCCUCCAAGAGUCCCUUGACUUUCACAUCUGUAAUCUGGACACCGGUCUGAUCUACCUCACAAGGGAGUACAUAUACAACACACGGGUCGCUGUCGCAAGAUGCCUUCGGAGCUUCCAUGGUUUACCAACCAAUCGCCUUUUCACUAAACGGCAGGCCCAGGACUGGGUGACGUCGCAGGAGCAGGUUGUCAAACGAGUUUCACUCUCCGUUCAGCGCAUAACGGACCCACACGGACUCCAACUUACUCGCCGACCCUAUCAAGUUCCCUGGUAUUCCCAUCAGCUAGCAAUAUGUUUAAUGUUGUGGAAACACGACAAUUCAAACAUCCCAGCCCUUCAUCUCGCCAAGUCAUUGCUCGUCAUCGUUGACAUCUUGAACUACCUUUGGCCUUGCUCACGACAACAAGCCAUCUGUGCUGACCUUCGUAAUAAAUUGAUGAAGGCUUGCCGAACAGUAGGUCUAGACCCGCCUUUGGCAGCCGAGUACUCCGUCCCUCCCAUCUUACGUUCAUAGCCAAUCAUCUAGCCAUACUCAAAGAUCGACCGUCAUUUCAUGUGGUGGUAAUUCCACGGGAUCCUCUUUCACGUACUUACAUACUAUUCUUUGUCUUUGUCCGUUGCCCUUUGCAUCAUCAAAUCACCUUCGCAGCCCUUCCAUUCUCAAUCUUUCAUCAAGUUCACGGACUCUUGGAUCUUUGUACACUUUGCAGCUUUUCAUUCGUGCAUUCUUGUAUUUCAUCAUUUUCAUUCCCGAUUACCGGCCAUGCGGGAUUGUACUUAAAACAUUUUUCUUGGUCCUUCGGGCAACUUCGGACCCUUCUUCAUCGGGACGUUAUUCCGAAACGUUUUUGUAAACCCAUCCCUUGCUAUGUCACUGCUUUGGUAAUAAUGUCAAAACUGAAAGAACCUCACCCGGG